UGUUGAACCUGAACCUGAACCCGAACCCGCCCGCAUAUAAUUACACCACUGGUAGUGGCGAUCCUACGCCCUCAAGGCUUUCUCUCUUCCCUUCAAAUUCAUUUCCCCUCUCUCCCCUUCUCCCAUUUCCCUACUUCUCUCAAUUUCACGUCCCAAAUCUCACCGAUAGUCCCAAAAUUAGGGCACAACUAUAACCCUAGCAUCGCCGAUACGCCCACGCGAUGCCGCUCUUCGUCUCCGACGAGGAGUUCUCCGGCCACCGAGACGACGUCGCUUGGGUGGCGGAGAAGGCCGACGCGUUUAUCCGGAACCUCUACACGGAGCUUGACACCGUCAAGGCGCAGAACGACGCCGCUUCGAUCACCGCCGAGCAGACCUGCUCUCUCCUCGAGCAGAAGUACCUCUCCCUCUCCGAUGAACACUCCAAGCUCGAGUCCGAACUCGCGCAGCUCAAGUCCUCGUUCGACGAGCGCCUCUCCGAGCUCGCCGAAGUGCAGUCUCAGAAGUACCAGCUCAAUUUACAAUCCAUUAAUAAAGAUAGUGAGAUAGAGAUGUUGAAGACGGAGGUGUCAGAGCUGCACAAAUCAAAGAGGCAGUUAAUGGAGAUAGUGGAGCAAAAGGAUGAAGAUAUUAGUGCAAAGAAUUGCACCAUCCAGUCUUAUCUCGAGAAGAUUGUCAAGUCGGCUGAGAAUGCUGCCCAGAGGGAGGCCGGAUUAAGUGAAGCUGAGGCAGAGUUAGCACGCACCAAGGAUUCAUGCACUCAUCUUUCACAGGAGAAAGAACUUAUCGAGAGGCAUAAUGUCUGGCUUAAUGAUGAGUUAGCAGCCAAAGUUGACAGUCUCAUUAAGCUGCGUAGAACGCAUGCCGAUGUUGAGGCAGAGAUGUCUUUUAAGCUUUCAGAUGUUGAACGGAAAUUCAAUGACUGUUCUAGCUCCUUAAAUUGGAACAAGGAAAGAGUGAGGGAACUAGAAGCAAAGCUGACAUCCUUGCAGGAGGAACUACGCUUAUCGAAAGAUACUGCAGCAGCUAAUGAAGAGAGAUCAAAUGCCGAACUCUCAACGACAAAUAAGCUUGUUGAACUAUAUAAGGAAAGUUCAGAGGAAUGGUCCAAAAAGGCGGGAGAGCUUGAGGGCGUGAUCAAAGCUCUGGAGACGCAUUUGAGUCAAGUUGAAAAUGAUUACAAGGAGAGACUUGAAGGGGAAGUGUCUGCAAGAAAUCAAUUUGAAAAGGAGGCUGCAGAUCUGAAGACAAAACUUGAGAAGUGCGAAGCAGAAAUUGAAACUAGCAGGAAAGCAAAUGAGCUGAGUCUUCUCCCACUUAAUAGUUCUGGUCAGGAAAUGUGGUUGAAUUCAUUAGAAUCUACUGACAUGGCUGAGGUUGAUCGUGCGGUGGUGCCGAAGAUUCCUGUUGGUGUUUCAGGAACAGCAUUAGCAGCGUCCCUUUUACGCGACGGGUGGAGUCUUGCAAAAAUGUAUGCGAAGUACCAAGAGGCGGUCGAUGCCUUGCGUCAUGAGCAGUUGGGAAGGAAGGAAUCUGAGGCAAUCUUGCAACGGGUUCUAUAUGAAAUAGAAGAGAAAGCUGAAGUCAUCAUGGAUGAAAGAGUGGAACAUGAGAGAAUGGCCGAGGCAUAUUCUAUGAUCAACCAGAAGUUGCAGGACUCAGUUUCUGAACAAGAAUACUUAGAGAGAAUGAUCACGGAGUUGAAGGCUGACAUAAGGAGGCAUGAACGUGACUACUCCUUUGCUCAAAAAGAGAUUGCUGAUCUUCAGAGAGAGGUGGCAGUCCUUUUGAAAGAAUGUCGAGAUAUACAGCUUCGUGGUGCAUCUUCGGGUCAUGAUAGUUAUGACAAUGCUGUUGUGGUGCACUCGGAAUCUGAUGCUGAAAAAGUCAUAUCUGAACAUCUUUUGACCUUCAAGGACAUAAAUGGUCUGGUUCAGCAGAAUGCCCAGCUCAGGAGUCUUGUUCGCAAUCUUUCUGACCAGCUUGAAAAUAGGGAAAAGGAGUUCAAGGAAAAUUUUGAAAAGGAGCUCAAGAAGCAUACUGAGGAAGCUGCUUCUAGAGUUGAGGCUGUAUUACAAAGAGCUGAAGAGCAAGGGCAAAUGAUUGAAUCCCUUCACACCUCUGUCGCAAUGUACAAAAGGUUGUAUGAAGAGGAGCAUAAACUUCGUUCGUCUGGUCCCCAUUUAAUAGAGGCUGCUCCAGAGGAAAGAAGAAGUGAUGUUAGGCAUCUACUUGAGAGUUCUCAGGAAGCUAGCAGAAAGGCCCAAGACCAUGCUGCAGUACGAGUGAAAUGUCUGGAAGAAGAUCUAGCGAAGAUCAGGAGUGAGAUAAUAUCAUUGCGGUCAGAGCGUGACAAAUUCGCUUCUGAAGCGAAUAUUGCUAGAGAGAAACUUGAGAGCUUUAUGAAAGAAUUUGAGCUUCAGAGGAACGAAACAAAUGGUGUAUUAGCAAGGAACAUUGAGUUCUCUCAGUUAAUAGUUGACUACCAGCGGAAGCUGCGUGAAGGUUCUGAGUCCGUGCAAACUGCUGAGGAGCUUUCUAGGAAGUUGACUAUGGAGGUGUCUCUUUUGAAGCAAGAGAAGGAAAUGCUGCAACAUGCUGAGAAGAGAGCUUCGGAUGAAGUUCAUAAUUUGUCAGAGAGGGUUUAUAGACUGCAGGCUAGUUUGGACACUAUUCAGAGUACCCAGCAAGUUCGCGAGGAGGCAAGAGCUGCCGAGAGGAGAAAACAAGAAGAGUAUACAGAACAAAAAGAGAGGGAGUGGGCUGAUGCUAAAAGAGAAUUGCAAGAAGAGAAAAAUAAUGCUCUCACUCUUGCACUUGACCGCGAUCAGACCAUAAAAAAUGCCGUCAAACAGGUUGAAGAAAUGAGAAAAGAUUUGUCUAAUGCACUUCAUGCUGCUGCAUCUGCUGAGAGUAGAGCUGCUGUAGCUGAGGCCAGACUGUCUGAUCUGGAGAAAAAGAGUUCAUCCUCAGAUAUCCAGGUUGUUGAGAUUGACGGUGGGAGUGGAUCUGCUUCUUUGACAGGCAAUGAGGCUAUGUUGGCAUUACGUGCUGCAAAGGAUGAGAUUAAGAAUUUGAAAGAUGAAAUGCAGGCUACUAAAGAUCACAUGCUACAGUAUAAGAGUAUAGCUCAGGUAAAUGAGGAUGCAUUGAAACAGAUGGAAUUUGCACAUGAAAACUUCAAGAUUGAGGCUGAAAAACUGAAGAAAUCUCGAGAUGCUGAAUUACUCUCUUUGAGAGAGAGGGUCUCUGAACUUGAAAAUGAGAUUAUGUUGAAGUCCCAAGAAGUGGCUUCUGCAGCAGCAGGGAAGGAAGAAGCUCUAUUCUCUGCUUUAGCAGAAAUUUCAAGCCUAAAGGAAGAAACCACAGCAAAAACUUCUCAAACUGCUGCCCUGGAGAUUCAGGUUUCUACUUUGAAGGAAGACUUGGAGAAAGAACAUCAGCGAUGGCGCACUGCACAGGCUAAUUAUGAAAGACAGGUCAUCCUUCAGUCAGAGACAAUACAGGAGUUGACUAAAACAUCACAAGCUUUGGCUGUGCUUCAGCAGGAAGCAUCAGAGUUGCGUAAAUUGGAUGAUGCACUCAAAAGUGAAAAUGAUGAACUAAAGUCCAGGUGGGAAGUUGAUAAGGCAAUGUUAGAGGAAUCCGCUAGUAUUGCUGAGAAGAAGUACAAUGAAAUCAAUGAACAGAAUAAAAUACUGCAUGGUCAACUGGAGGCUGUGCACAUUCAAUUGGCCGAGAGAGAUCGUGGUUCAUUUGGAACAACUUCUGGAAGCACUGGAGCAGAUACUUCAGGUGAUGCUGGUUUACAAACUGUGAUAAGUUAUCUUCGACGUACAAAAGAGAUUGCAGAGACAGAGAUAUCCUUAUUGAAACAAGAAAAACUAAGAUUGCAAUCACAACUUGAGAGUGCCCUCAAGGCUUCAGAAACAGCCCAAGCAUCACUUCGUGCUGAGCGUGCAAGUUCAAGGUCAAUGUUGUUCUCAGAGGAGGAACUAAAAUCCUUACAACUACAGGUUAGAGAAAUAAACUUGCUCCGCGAAAGUAAUAUCCAACUGAGAGAAGAAAAUAAGCACAAUUUUGAGGAAUGCCAGAAAUUGCAUGAAAUAUCACAAAAGGCUAGUGUUGAGCGUCACAACCUAGAGAGGCUGUUAAGGGAUAGACAGAUUGAGGUGGAGGCAUGUAAAAAAGACAUUGAAAUGCAAAAGAUGGAGAAAGAUCACUUGGAAAAGAGGCUCAGUGAGUUACUUGAAAGGUAUAGAAAUAUAGAUGUUGAAGAUUAUGAUCGCACAAAGGCUGAACAUCAGCAGAUGCAGGUAACAUUGAAGGAGAAGGAUUCUCAUAUAGAAGAAGUCAAGAAACUUCUUUCGGAGAAGCUGGAGAUUGUUUUGUCUUUAGAAAAAGAUCUUGCAAACUUCAGAUCGGAACUGACUGAGAGGGAUAGGAGGAUAAAUGACAUGUUGCCAGCAGAGGCAAUUUUAAAAUCAGAUGUGGAGAAGCAAAGAAGGAUUGGCCUUCAGUUUAAGAGGAAGUAUGAGACAUGCUUAAAGGAAAAGGAGGAUCUUCAAAGACAAAAGGAGGAUCUUCAAAGGCAAAAGGACGACCUUCAAAGGCAAUGCGACGACCUUCAAAGGCAAAGGGAUGACCUUAUAAGGCAGUUGGAGGAAAAACAAGCGAAACGAUCUUCUGGUGAUCCUGCUGGGGAGCAUGCCCUUAAAGAAGAGAGAGACCAAAAAAUUCAGACACUGCAAAAAAUGAUGGAGAGGCAGAAAGAGGCAAUGGAGAGGCAGAAAGAGGACCUACGAAAUGAGAAAGCAAACCGCAAGAAGACUGAGCAUGCUUUAUUGGAUUCUCUUAAUAAAAUUGAGCAGGACAAAAUAAUCUUCAAGAAUGAGCUGGAGAAGCAUAAGCUGGCUGUCAGGCAGCUUUCAGAUGAGCAGGAAAAGCUGAAGCAUGCAAAAGAUGGUCUUCCUGAGGGUACCUCAGUUGUUCAACAUCUUUCUGGAGCCAUACUGGAUGAUCGAGCCUCUGCUUACUUCUUGGUUUGUGAAAAUUAUGAAAGGGUAGCACAUUCAACUUUGAAUGAGCUUGGAGCUGGUGGUGUUCCUGCAGACACUCCAGUUGCAGAUGCUUCAUUAGCUGCUACUUCUGUGCAUUAUGCAGCUCCUGCUCCAGCAGCCACCCUUGCAUCCUCAAUGACUCCUACGGCAGUUAUGCCAUCCAAAGCAACAGAUGAAACUGAAAGGAGGUUCACUUUUCCCAAAAGAAACGUUGAACCUCGUAAAACAGGGAGGAAAUUGGUUCGGCCCCGUCUUGUAAGACCUGAGGAACCACAAGGUGAUGUAGAGAUGUCAGAGACGGAAGGGGCUCAGACUCUGAAUAAACAUGCAGCUUCCACUGACGCCGAAGUUCAGGGCGUUGCUACUUCGACACAACCACUGUUUCGAAAACGUCAAGCUUCUUCAUCUCAGUUUGAGUCUCACGAGGAAUCAAUAAACCAAGGGGAAACUGGUCCUGAUGUGGCAGCACCUGUGUCAAAGAAGCCCAAAGGUUCAGAAUCUCCUCAAAAGAGUGAAGGGCAAGCACCUGCUUCAUUGGAAAAUCUUGGCAAUGUUCCAGCCACAGAAGAAGCUUCUAAUGCUGAUAAUCCUCAAGGUUCAAAUGAGGAAGGUGCUGUUGAUGCUGAGAAGGAAGAGAUUGAGAAUACCGCGGUGAAGGUUGAAGAGCCAAUUGAACAACAAUUUGAUGGUUCAAGUCAACCUGAAUCACAACAUGACAAGAAUAGUGUUUUGGAAGAAGAUGUGGAUGGAUCAGAUGUUAAAGAGAUGGUGCCCGAUGAUGGAGCAAAGGAUAAUCAGGUGGAGCCUGACAACCGACAGUCCAGUGGAGUUGGGGGAGACAGAGAAGAGGGAGAGCUUCCACCUGAUGUAUCAGACCUUGAAGGUGGUGAUACAACGAUGGGCAGUCCUGGUAUAGAGGAAGGUCAGUCGGAGCCUAUUACAACACCCAGAGCUUCACCAUCUAGGGUUGAUGAUGAAGAUCUUGCUGGCGCUUCUGUUGUGGAUGUUAGUGAGGUGAAUUCUCCAGAAGUUCUUAAUGAAGAGAAAAAUAAUGAAGUUGAUGUACCUGAAGAGACAGCUGAAGCCUCUGAUAAGUCAAAUGAUGGUAUCGAUCAAACUGCAAUGGAGACUGACCUCACUGUUGAAGCUGCCUCUGUAGCUGGUGAUGCCUCUAUAACCGCUGAGGGUACCUCUGCAAGUACUACUACAGAGGCUAGUGGUUCAAGACAGGCCAGUGCUAGUGCCACCACUGAAGCAGAAGAGGCAAAGCAGGUUUCUCCUUCCUCUACCACCAUAAAUAUAACUGAACAAGCUAGGCGGAAUGCUGAGCUAAGACAGCGUGGACAACAGGGACGACAACCAAUUGUUGUACCUCCGACCCCAACUAGAGGUCGUGGAAGACCAGCACAGCGUGGACGUGCACGUGCUGUGCGUCGUCCUGUCCGUGGACGUGGCCCCACAUCUGGUGAUCAAGUGUAAUACUAAAUACAACAAAGUUGCACUGAUUGCAGUUUUGCUCCCUUAUUUGGCUGGGUUUCUCUUUUCUUACGUUAUUAAAUGAACAGAAAUGAAGAUUUAGACAUUCUGAUGGAGAUGUUCAUUAGUCAGUUGCAUCUUUGUCAUCUGUGAAACUAUAGUUUUUGUACGACGGUAGUUUUCUUGAACAAGAGUUUCAGUAGGAUAUGAGCUAUUAUGUAAAUACUUGUGCUUAGGUGGUACCCUUCAAAUUUCAACGGAUAAAUCACGGUUUUGAUCUUUAUCAUCAAUUCAUACAGCUCAAACCAUUCAGGCUUUGCUCU